AUGGGCAACACGCUUGCCGAACUCAUGCGCCAACUUCAAGAGUUGACGUUGGAAAAUCGUCAGGUACGAGCUGAAAUGCAACAGCUUCGUGAAUUGGCUUCUAACCCCCAUGGUCAUGCCGCACCAACUCCUGCACCCACCACGUCGACUGGCGCGGAAGUGCUGCCGGAACGUCGCAGCGCACUCAAGCCGCAGAAGCCCGAGUCGUUCGACCCGAGCCAACGCGACGCGAACGUGCGGACGUGGCUCUUCAUGCUCAACAACUACUUCGCCGCGAGCGGGGUGCAAGAGGCGGACGCGCAGCAGCGGAUCGAGUACGCGGUGACGCUGCUGAGGGGCCCGGCCUUGGAGUGGUGGCGCCAACUUACGCAGACUGCUGUUAGAAGGGCUCAGACGGACGGGCAUCAACAGGGCGUGGGGCAUGCAGCUGCAACUUCGAGCUUAGGGAGUUUAGCUUUGGGUGUUACCACGGUUCCGACCACAUGGGAAGGAUUUGAAGCGGCGCUGAAAAGUAGGUUCGACUUGGUGAACGCCUCCGAAGCUGCUAGGAAGCGUCUGCGUCAUUUCCGACAGAUAGGAAACGUCCAGGAGUACACACGACGGUUCUUGAGCAUCUGCAACGAAAUAGACGACAUCACGGAAGCAGAGAUGCGCGAUCGCUACCUCGAAGGGUUGAAGGCGGACAUAGCGGAGGUUAUAGCGAUUCACGGGUUGUCCACCUUCGAGUCAGUAGUCGCAGCAGCAGAACGCGUCGACGCAGUACGAAGCCGACGGGGUCGUGACGAUCGCGAUAGGGGAUACAGCAGACCGAUCAACGACGCUCGAUCGAGGGACGGACCAUCGCCCAUGGAGAUUGGUGCAUUAGUGAAGCGAGCGGCACGGAUCUUCGCGGUUUUCCUUAAAGACGAGGAAGCUGAGGAGGGGAAAGGAGGGAGUGCAACAGUUAGUGAGAAGGCGACUCUUCCUGCUGAGGGCGCUAGAGUCUUCUCCAAGAUCGACCUUCGUUCGGGUUACCACCAGAUUCGCGUAGUUCCAGAGGACCAGCACAAGACGGCGUUUCGUACGAAGCAGGGGUUGUACGAGUUUAGGGUUCUACCGUUCGGUUUGACCAACGCCCCAGCAACGUUCCAGACGCUCAUGAACACAGUCCUCUCGGAGUUCCUAGGUUCGUUCGUCGUAGUUUACCUAGACGACAUCUUGAUAUUCUCUAAGUCGAAAGAGGAGCACGUGCAGCACUUGCAAAGGGUCUUCGAGGUCUUGCGGAGGGAGAAGCUGUACGCGAAGCAGUCUAAGUGCGAGUUCUUCCUCCCCGAGGUCGAGUUCCUAGGACACGUCGUAUCCGCUAGUGGCGUUAGGACCGACCCGAAGAAGAUCGCAGCCGUACAGGAUUGGGUGGCACCGACCUCAGUCAAGGAGUUGCAGAGUUUCCUCGGUUUCGCGAACUACUACCGCCGUUUCGUUCAGGGUUACGCUUCCAUCGCUAGUCCACUCACCGACCUACUUCGGAAAGGCGUAGAGUACGUUUGGGGUCCAGCACAGCAGCAGGCGUUCGAGCAGAUGAAGCAGUCGCUCACGUCUUCACCGAUACUGACGUACCCCGAUCCCACUCGCCCGUAUGUCGUAGUGACCGACGCUUCCGAUCAGGCCAUUGGAGCAGUGCUUCUUCAGGACCAGGGACGCGGGUUGCAGCCGAUCGCGUACGAGUCGCGUAAGCUGAGGGGAGCGGAGUUGAACUAUCCCAUACACGACAAGGAGGCGCUCGCGAUCAUCCAUGCGUAUAAGGUGUGGAGGUGCUACCUAGAGGGGGCAGAUAGUGUUAUACGCACGGACCACUGUUCGCUUCGUUUCCUCAAGUCGCAGCCGCAGCUGAGUCGUCGCCAGGCUAGAUGGAUGGAGUUCAUGGAGGGGAGCUUUCAUUACAGGAUAGAGUACAAGCCAGGCGUGCGCAACCCAGCAGAUCCGCUCACUCGCCCUAGUUGCCAGCUCGCUAGUCUCACAGUCACUGCCGGCCAUCCACUUCUCACAGCACUCUUCGAGCACGGUUACACAGUAGAUCCCGACUUCACACCGCAGCCGCCCGCAGGAGCAGAGGUGCAGGGUAGUGUCUACAUACGGAAGGGCACAGCACGGAUUUGGUUUCCAACCUACCGCCCUCUUCGACAGCUCCUUCUCUCAGAGGCACACGACGUAGUUAGUGCAGGGCACUUCGGAGCAGAUAAGACGGCUAAGAACCUUAGUCGCACGUACUUCUGGCCAGGGCUUGCAGCAGACGUAGAGGAUUACAUUCGCUCGUGCGACACGUGUCAGCGUACGAAAUCAUCCCGCCAGCGCAAAGCAGGACUCUUGCAGCCGAUUCCACCGCCCGACCGCCCUUGGCAGGUAGUUACCAUGGACUUCAUCAUGGCUUUACCGCGCACAGUUAGGGGUCACGACGCCAUCUUCGUGGUAGUGGAUAAGUUUUCUCGAGCAGCGCACUUCAUCCCCACGCACGGCCAGGUCACAGCAGAGGAAGCCGCGACGCUGUUCGUAGAUAACGUAGUCCGACUGCACGGGGUUCCAGAUUCGAUCAUUUCCGACCGCGACCCUAGAUUCACCUCGAAGUUCUGGAAGCAGCUUUUCGCACUGUUUGGGAAUCGCUUAGCUAUGUCGUCAGCGUACCAUCCAGAGACAGACGGACAGACUGAGCGUGUGAACCAGACUUUGGAGCAGAUUCUUCGCAGCAUCACGAUGCACGACGCAGCAGCAUGGGACAAGAAGCUGAGCAUGGCAGAGUUCGCAUACAACAACACGCAUCACUCCGCCACAGGCAUGUCACCGUUCUUCGCACUGUACGGUCAGCACCCCAAUGUCCCCACUCGUGUCGAUCUCACACCCACCGUCCCUCGUGCGGACAACUUCCACCAGCAUCUCACCUUCAUUCACGACCACUCUGCAGGCGCCGCGGACGUCGCCUCCUUGGGAGGGGGGUAG